GGGGAUUGUCGUCGGUAACCGGACACCACCUCUGGCUUGCGGGGCGUAGAGACACGGGGGCGACGCAGUAUCGAGGCGGCGAGCCCGCAGCACCGUGCGGAGAUGCUGAAUAUGUGGAAAGUCAGAGAGCUGGUGGACAAAGCCACCAAUGUGGUGAUGAACUACUCAGAGAUUGAGUCCAAGGUGAGAGAGGCCACCAAUGACGACCCCUGGGGACCCUCUGGGCAGCUAAUGGGAGAGAUAGCAAAAUCUACCUUUAUGUACGAGCAGUUCCCUGAGGUGAUGAACAUGUUGUGGACCAGGAUGCUGAAGGACAACAAGAAGAACUGGAGACGAGUUUACAAGGCCUUGCUCCUGUUGGCCUAUCUGAUCAGAAAUGGCUCUGAAAGAGUCGUCACCAGUGCCAGAGAACACAUCUACGACCUGCGAUCUCUAGAAAACUACCACUUCAUUGAUGAGAAUGGUAAGGAUCAGGGUAUCAAUGUGCGUCAGAAGGUGAAAGAGAUGGUGGAGUUCAUCCAGGACGAUGACAGAUUAAGAGAGGAAAGGAAGAAAGCCAAGAAGAACAAAGAUAAAUACAUUGGUGUCUCUUCUGACAGUAUGGGUGGAGGAGGGGGCAGCUUUAAGAACUCUAAUGAGUUGGAUCGGAGCAAGUGGGAUGAGGACUGGGAUAAAAGCAGAGGAGCCUUCCCCUUUAGUGAGAAGCUUGGAGAAAUCAGUGAUAAGAUAGGCAGCACCAUCGAUGACACACUCAACAAGUUCAGAAAGAAGGAACGUGAUGACUCACCUGACAGAAUCAGUGACAAUGAGGAGGACCGAGCAUCGAGAAACGGUAGGCAGGAAGCCCUGGAGUUCAAAGAUGAGGAGGAAACUGUCACAACCAAGAGCAUCCAGAUCACACAAGCAACAGAAACCACGACCACCACAACACGGAAACGCAGCGGAGCAACCAGCAGCAAGACUCUGGACCUGGGCGCUGCAGCCCACUACACUGGAGACAAGAGCCCAGAGGAGAAGUCAUCAAUCAGGCAGUCUUCCAGCAGUGGUCUAGCUGACCUGCUCGUGAUUGACCCUUCAUCCAAUCAGAGCACUACAACGGGUGGCAAUUCAGACCUCAUUGGUGGCUUUGCUGACUUCUCCUCUCCUGCAGCCUCUGCCAGCCUCCCCACCUCCACUGCUGCUCCGUCAUCCAAUGGAAAUGGAGAAUUCGGGGACUGGAAUGCCUUUUCGGCCAAUCCUCCAGUGUCGUCUAGUUCUGGUCCCUCCCAGCCCGUCACUGACCUGUUUGGCAGUGUCCAGUCACCCACGGCCCCAACCUCUAAUCCUGCGACUGUCCCUCCUUCUGCUGAGCUCUUCGACCUGAUGGGUGGAGUUAACCAUCAACUAAACAAUCCGCAUACAACACUCAGUGCCUCUCAGAGCAUGACUUUCUCUCUGGGAGGAGUGACACCAGGAGCAUCUGUUGCUCUACCCACCAUGCCCCUUUCUCGCUCUCAACAGAGUUUGGGAGGCAUGCCAUCCCAGCAGCCCAUAGGACAACAGCAGAAGGUUGGCGUCGGAAGUCAGGGAUCACUAGGGUCGACUUGGUCUGACCCCUCCGUCAACAUCAGCCUGGAUUUUCUUUCAGCAGGACUCAACCCCACUAAGACACCACCCACACUCAACAACAUCAUCCAACAGCAAGGAGUGCCUCCCGUCAAUCUGUUGGCCCAGAAUUUUGGAGGACUGAACCUCAGCUCUCCGCCCCAUGCAACACCCAUAAGACCACCAGCCAAUCCUAUGAUGGCAGGCAAUGCCAUGACGAUGAGCAUGCCUGCAUCGAUGGCAACCGGAAUGCCUGCUUCCAUGGCUGCGAGUAUGCCACCUUCAAUGUCUACAGGUUUACAGGGGGGAAUUCCUGUGAACCAAGGCAUGAUGGGAAUGAACAUGAGCAUGAAUAUGGGCAUGGCCACUCCAAUGAUGAUGGGCAGUAUGGCUGGCAUGUCGGUGCCAGGAGUAGGGAUGGGCCUGACACACUCCAUCACUCCAGCCGUGGUCCCACCCAAACAAGAUGCCUUCGCUAACUUUGGCAAUUUUGGAAAAUGAAGGUUUGCAAAUGUGUGUGCGUGUUUGUUUGUGUGUGUGUGUGCACGUCUGACAUGAGAGUGUGAACCACAGAAGGACUGCUGUACUUGAAGACAACCUUGCAUGUUUCGCUCUCUGCUUCUGCUCUCUUUGGUGAGCCGGCACCAGCGAUGGUUCACCGUCUCAGUCUACUGACGUGAUCCUGGAGGUAGGGGAAAGCACCCCCUGGUGCCCCUCACCCAGUGGUUAUUUGAUGUGUGAAAUGAUGUCACACUGAGGACACUGAAAGGUGUCAACACACAGCCUUUAGUCAUUACUUCGCUGUGCGGAAAUAAAAUCCUCAUCUUUACCUGUUUUAUAUCUGAACUAAAGUAUAUCCCCUUUCAUUACAAAAAAUCACUGCGAAAGGUUUUUCUCUGCACUGCACAGAGAAUUCAAUCAGUACAGUGGACUUAAAGAAAAAUGGCAUUGCUGCCUUAAUUUUGCAUUGUAGCCUGAGAUAUUAUGUUUUAUGUGAUUACAACCAAAUCCAGUCACAAAAUUUAAGCCAUUCCGUUAUUGUCGGGUGGGUUAAUAUUCCUUUCUCCUUGUGCACAUGGAGUAUAGAGAAUCCAUACUGGUCCUCCAGCAGAGGGCAGAACAAGUCUAAGUGUUGAGAAAACACUUGAUGGUCACACUUACUCUUGAGCCAUAUUAGGGUGGAUGAAUUGCAUACUACUUAUUUUGCAUCUUAGUUUCCCCUCUUCUCUUUUCAUUUAUAGCAGUUCACAACGGAUGGAUGCUCAGUUGUUCAACUAAACCUUUUGUUAAUGUUAAAAUACAACAUUAAUAAGUGCACCUAAAAUACUGUUGGGGUCUUUCUAUAACAAAAGAAACUGUUACUGUUAAAAAGUGAUGUUUGCCCUCGACAUUUUGGAUGCAUUUGCAGGAAUAAUGCCUGAUUAAAGGGUCAGUCAGUAUUUUAUUCAGAGUACUAUCCACUGAUUAUUUUCUAAUAAUGUCAUUGUGUCACUUCAGACAAGCUGUCAUAGGACAUUUCACUUUAGAUAAGCGCUGCAUUCUGACCCACAUGGAUCUACUAUGUUUCUUCUGUUUUUGCAUAUGGACAGUGCUUAUGGAUCAAAGUACAGAAUACUGUAGGUAUUUUCCUACUGGAUGUAGGAAAAAAGGGUCAACGUCCACAAAACAAAAUAACACAAUCCUCUAAAUUUCCUUUAUGUUCACAGCAGUUACAGAAUUUUUGGGACAACCCAGCAACAUACCUUUAACAAAGUAUUUUUGCCAGCAAACAUUUUUCACCUUGCAGCUCACUUGGUGGUCUCUGUAUCUAAGGGUUACACACCUGCACCUCACAAACCAUGUUUUAGAAAACAACCUCCCCUACAUUUGACAUGGAUUAAACACACUGGAGGAAUUUCAUUAGCUGAGUUUUCGUAAAUGAUUUCUAUGGCUAGCUGAGACCAAUCUAAAGGGUUUUGGGUUCUUGAGUGAAAAUUUGUGUGAGAAAUGAGUGACUGAGUGUGAGUGACUUUGUGUAUGGGUAUAGUUUUCUCUGUUUGAUGUGCAAACACAGCUAAGCAGAGCCUCUUGUCAUUUUCUGAGGAACUGCACUCCAAAUGACCAAAUCUUUAUUUUGUUACUCUCAGAAGGAUAAUUCCAUAGCUAUUAGUUUAAUAUUUUAUUAGUUUACUUGUAAGGUUAUGUUCAUAUGAGAGAGCUACUGCUAACAUAACUUAGUUGACUGGAAUCAUGUUUUUUUUUUUUUUGGUUUUGUUUUUUUUUUUCCAGUACAGAUCAUUUGAUUUGAUUGUACUCUAUAUUUUCUGUACUUCAUUCAACAUUAAAUUAAAUUAUAACAUUGAA